AUGCCCUGCGCGGCUCCCUUCCGUGGACUACCACGCAAGGGCGAGUAUCUUGCCGAAUGGUGGAAUGUUGCCAUCCCACCCACUACUCUGUGCUGUGUGAGGCAUCGAAUGGCGUUUGCGGCUGAGGUCAGGGCCAUACGAUCGAUAUCACUCGAUCAGGCAAGCGGCCCUGGCCAUCAGUUCAUGCCCACCUCGUCCCUCGCAGACCAGGCAAUAGCGAGCAUCCUGAUACUGCCAGAGACGCUGCGCUGA